AUGAACGUCCCAAACCAACAUUACCACGCCCCUCCUCCCCCUCCUCCUUCACACUAUCCCGACUCCCCCACCACAACAAAAGAAACAGACAACAUCCCAUCCAGCGCAUCAACAAAAACACCGACAGCAGCACCAGUACCAGCAGUGGAAUCCUAUCCCUCUCUCUCCGCCGUGGUCGCCACUCUCCACCAGAAAGUCCACUCCUUCCUCUCCGAAUCCCACCCCCCGGACUCCCUCCUCGCCGCUGUCCAGCGCCAAACCCGCAUCUCGCUGGACGUCGUCGCAACCGCCCGCGCCCGCUACAAGCUCUCCGAACUCUGCCUCUCCUACAACGGCGGCAAAGACUGCCUCGUCCUGCUCAUCCUCUUCCUCGCCAGCCUGCACCCGCUCCCUCCCCCAGAGGACGGCGGCCUCACCUACAUCCCAGCCAUCUACGCCCUCCCCCCCGACCCCUUCCCAGAUGUCGAGGACUUCGUGCAAUGGUCCUCGCGCGCCUACCACCUCGCCAUCGUGCGCUACACCACCGACCCGCCCGCCACUACCCUCCGCUCCAGCUUCGAGCACUACCUGUCCCUGAACCCGUCCAUCAAGGCCAUCUUCGUCGGGACCAGGCGCACCGAUCCGCACGGCGCAAACCUCACCCACUUUGAUCCUACCGAUAGCGGAUGGCCGGAUUUCAUGCGUAUUCAUCCCGUCAUCGACUGGCACUACGCGGAGAUCUGGGCCUUUAUCCGUCAUCUGGGACUCAGGUACUGCUCGCUGUAUGACCGGGGUUAUACCAGCUUGGGUGGUACCACGGAUACCCAUCCGAAUCCGAAGCUUCGCGUGAAUAGUCUGGCGGGCUCAGAGCUGGCGGCUGCUCCCGGCACGCGCGAGGAUCAUCGGUAUCGCCCGGCUUAUGAGUUGACCGACGAUCAGGAGGAAAGGCUGGGACGCAGGUGA